GCAAAACGCUCCGCCGUUUCUUAUCCCCUGACUGCUCCCGGCGGGUAACACAGCCGGUGUCCCUCAGCCCGAGAAGUCCCAACUCUCAUGCUCAUUUCUCGAUUUCCCUUUCCUCGGACCGAUGAGAGCAAGGUGAUUUCAGAUUCAUUCCUUCCUUUUGGUAAUCCCCAAAACCCACCAUUAUCAGUCACUUUCAAGGUUCAUUCCAUCCUUCUCCUCCGUAGAUGAUGUUGACCUCCCACUUUUUUGCCGCAGUUUGUGUUCCUCCACUUUGGUAAAAUUGCAGAUGGCGUCGGAAACGAUGUGUAGGUAGACAUUCUCGGUGUACGCUAGGACAUGGCUUGUCUUUCUGUCAUUUGCAAUAAUGGGUUCUUCAAGUCUCGAGAACUCCUGGGCGUUCGGGUUGGAAAGGCCAGUUCUUGCGCGCAACGGAGCGUUCGCGGCGGUCUUGCUCUGUUUCCUCUGGUGAAGUUCCGAACUUUGUGCAAAUUCGAACAUGGGUCGUCGUGUAAUGUUAACUCGAUACGAAAGCUCUCUAGACAUGAUUGGAAUCGGCCUUUAAGGUUUCGUGGCGGUUCUGAGUCGCCCCCUGGAUUGUCCUGUAGAAGUAGAAUUGAGCCCGGGAGCGAUGAAUUUAUUGAUAUUGAGCGGGGUUACGUGAGGAAAAGAAGAAGAGGUAUUAGGAGGAAAUUCUCGCUAAGAUUGCGCCCAAGAUUUCGGUUGUUGGCCUCGAGAUUUAAGAGGGUCUCGGCUAUGUCCAUGUUGAAUGAUUUGGGGGUGUUCUUGAGAAAGAAUUUGAAGAGAGUGACUCUUUCAGCUUCAGUUUCUGUAGCAUUGGGUCUUUGUUAUAUUUUUCUGAAAGUAACAGCUUUGCCAUCUCCAAAACUUGUUCCCUACUCAGACUUGAUUAUGAGCCUUCACAAUGGCAAUGUUACUAAGGUUUUGCUCGAAGAAGGGUCUCGUCGGAUAUAUUACAACACGAGCUCGGGAAGUCAUGUAAAUGAUAAAUUUCCUGAGGAAAAGUCAACAGAGAGUAAUUCUCCAAUUGGAACCGGGGGUGAUAUAACUGAAAAGAAGGAAGUUGUUCCAGCUGGCAAGAUGAUUGGUGCAAGCAUGCCUAAGAAAUUGCUGAGAGCACGUGCUGCUAUGCCACAGUGGCAAUAUUCCACUCGGAAGAUUGAUCACGAUGAAAAGUUUCUUCUAAGUUUGAUGAGAGAUAAAGGAACAAUGUAUAGCUCAGCCCCUCAGUCGGUGUUGAUGUCUGUCAGGAGUACCUUGAUAACGAUAAUAUCAUUGUGGAUUCCUUUGACUCCAUUAAUGUGGCUUCUUUAUCGACAACUUUCUGCUGCUAAUAGCCCCGCAAAAAAGAGGCGGCCUAAUAAUCAGACAGUCAACUUCGAUGAUGUCGAGGGUGUUGACGCUGCUAAGGUUGAGCUUAUGGAGAUAGUCUCCUGCCUUCAAGGAGCAAUUAACUAUAAAAGGCUAGGGGCUAAGUUGCCCAGAGGGGUGCUGCUGGUGGGUCCUCCUGGAACUGGGAAGACAUUGCUGGCCCGUGCGGUUGCGGGAGAAGCCGGAGUACCGUUUUUCACUGUUUCUGCGAGCGAGUUUGUGGAGUUGUUUGUUGGAAGAGGAGCUGCUCGCAUCAGAGACUUGUUUACUGCUGCGAGAAAAUGUUCCCCAUCGAUAAUUUUUAUUGAUGAACUGGACGCUGUCGGAGGAAAGCGUGGUAGAAGCUUCAAUGAUGAACGCGACCAAACAUUGAACCAGCUGCUGACAGAAAUGGAUGGAUUUGAGUCAGACACGAAAGUGAUUGUUCUUGCAGCAACCAACAGACCUGAAGCAUUAGACCCGGCUCUCUGCCGUCCUGGUCGCUUCUCGAGAAAAGUUCUUGUGGGAGAGCCAGAUGAGGAAGGAAGGAGAAGGAUUUUGGGUGUACAUCUGAGAGGAGUUCCUCUUGAGGAAGACAUUGAGCUUAUCUGUGAUCUAGUAGCUUCUCUCACUCCGGGAUUUGUGGGGGCGGAUCUUGCAAAUAUUGUGAAUGAAGCGGCUCUGCUUGCCGCUCGUAGAGGCGGUGAAACGGUGUUAAGGGAGGAUAUUAUGGAAGCGGUUGAAAGAGCUAAAUAUGGUAUCGAUGAUAAGCAACUGAGGCCAAAUACAAUCAGCAAGGAGCUAGGAAAAUUGUUUCCUUGGAUUCCAUCCAUGAUGGGAAGGAAUGACACUAGAGAAGAUAAACUUCAAGGUCCCAUGGGUUAUCAAACUCUAAGCGGAUGAAAAAGGGUACCCUUUCGGUCCAUUUAGCAAUCUGUUGUGAUCCUCUUUUAUUGUAUCAAUCGCGAACAGACAGAGAAGCCAUUGCACUGAGUUUCUUGGACCCUCAUAUCCUGUAUUGGAGGAAGAGACUGCAAGUAAGAUGAUCCCUCUCCUCUUUUAAGCAGGCUUUUCCACUGGGGAAAAUGCGCACCUUUGAGAGGAAAUGUGCUUGUGAAGAUGAUCUGACGAUGGAAACCAUAAUUGCUGGCAGUCGGGUAUUCACCUCGCAAUUGUGCACCAGCUGCUGUUUGAAUGAUCUUAAGUGCCUUAAAUCUCCUGUUAGUCUUACACCGCUAUUGUGAGAAUAUGGUCUAUGAUUUUGAUCAUGAAAGCUUUGUGUAACAAAUUACGUGCUCGAGAUCCAUCCUCUGUCGAGCAUGAUACUUACAUGAUGUGAAGCUUUCCUUUCAAUGUCUGAGGGUAGCAUUGGACGGACUCUGUGAGGAACGGUCCCUAAUGGUCGGGGUGUUUCUCAAAUUUGUUCCUAGUUUUAGAGUUCGGUUGAUCACUCGACAUGCUCAUGAAAUGGCACCUAUCAGUUUGGGUAAAGCUGGGACUACAUUCCCAACAUGACACAGUUUUCAUUGAAAACAUUAUAAAGCCAUCUUGCAACC